GAAUGUGAAUUUUGAAUUUCAGAAGCAGCGGAUAGUUCCUAGGGGCGGAGGCGGUUCACGUGGAAUCGGCCGCGAGGCGGGGGGGCGGUCGAGGUGGUGGGGGCAGAGGGAGUACUGAUGUGGCCGAACAGCCUCGGCGGUACUUCCGGCUGCAGCGGGGGCGCCGGCGCCACCGAUCUCGGGGGCCUCGCCGCCUCCACCACCUCGGCCUCUGAUCUCUUCGGGCCCGCCGCUUUCGGGGCGUCCGCGGCCGGGCCCUACGGCGCCCUCAAGACCAACCCUUACGUCAGCGCCCUCGGUAUGCCGCCCAUCGAGGCCCUCCACUCGACCAUCGGAUAUCCAGGGUGUACUCCCGCCGGUGAGUCCUACUACUGUAAUCCAAGAAAGCAGCGAAGGGAACGGACGACUUUCACCCGGGCGCAAUUGGACGUUCUCGAGGGUUUGUUCUCGAAGACCAAAUACCCGGAUAUAUUUAUGCGGGAGGAAGUGGCGAUGAAGAUCAAUUUACCGGAGUCGAGAGUGCAGGUAUGGUUCAAAAAUCGCAGAGCCAAAUGCAGACAACAGCAAAAGCAACAACAGCAACAACAGGACAAAGCUCCAAGAUCCAAGAAGCCUUCGGGAAAUCCUAGCAAUAAUCCGCCCUCUGGAAAAAGUCCUUCGAUAGCUACCACACCCACGCCUGCAGCGGCUGUACCAGCCACGACACCUCUAAGCGGAGGUACAGGUGGUUCUGCUGCUAGUUCUCCGGCUCUCCUGAGGGAUUCUCCGCAAUACAAACCAGCAGGAAGUGCAACCAGUUUGCUCUUGGCUGCCAGUACAACCCCACCAAGUUUAGGGGGAACGGUGUACAGUAGUGGUGGCAGUAGCAGUAGUAUUUGGAGCCCGGCUGUCACGGAGAGCGGUGGUGGAUUUCCUAGUGACCAUCAGAGGUUAGCAUGGACAACAACCACCUCUCAACAGCAAUGCUACCAAAAUUAUUCUUCUUAUUAUACCAACAUGGACUAUCUCUCCCCUGCCACGCAUCAAUUAAACGUUGUGGAUGGAGGAGGCAGUAGUUUAGAUAAUACAUGGAGUAAAACGAGGGACGAGAGCGCUUCGUCCUGGUUUUAUAACAGCGCCGGGUGGGGCGAUCGCAAGUGAAUAUCAAAGUCGCCAAUUGAUGGAGAUAUCAAGGCUACAUAUCAUCGACAAUAGUUAAGCGGACUUUGAAAAAUCGAUGGCAGAUUGUUACAAUGCGAAAUAUGGCCAAAGACAGUCCUCUUAAUUUUAAACAUAUCGUUGAUUCGUUGGGUCUCGAUGUUUUAUGGUAUGACCCGAUGAAACGAGAGUGCCAUACCCAUUCUCUUCUCAAAAGGAUUCGCAAAGUUGAAAUUUAAAUCGAGAAUAAUGCGAUU